AUGUAUAUUAUGUGAUUAGAUGACGUUGACAAGGUUGAAAAACUGCGUGCCGAUCUUGAGCCUACGAAUUCUUCGCGUAGUAGUAUUCGUUUGUUUUGGGAACGUCCAGCUCGCCCGAAUGGUGCAGUAGUCUCGUACACUAUAAUGUAUGAACUGCAAACACAGGAUGCAGUUGAGGAGAAGAAAUGCAUUACAGAAGUUGAUUACACUGAGCUAGACUACCAACACAACGGCUAUGUUCUGACGGGCCUGUUCACUGGCAAUUACAGUAUACGAAUACGCACAAACUCUAUGGCUGGUGAAGGAAAAUUUUCGAGAACCAUCUACAUUUACAUUCCACCUACCACUCCAUCACCAGCUCUUAUAGCUGGGAUCUGUGUCGCAUUAUUGACGUUGUUGUCAUUAAUUGGGGGCACAAUAUAUUUUCUGGUUCGCAAGCGUUUUCUUACGCCGCCAUCUGAUUUAAAAAUGUUUCCCACCGUAAAUCCCUAUUAUAUCAGUCUUCAGUAUAUACCUGACGAAUGGGAGGUGGCUCGAGACCGGGUUAUACAACUGAAUCCCCUUGGUCAAGGAUCGUUUGGCAUGGUGUACGAAGGAAUAUUAAAGGGUUAUAAUAACAGCGCCGAGGAUACUCCGUGCGCCGUUAAAACUGUAAAUGAAAAUGCCACGGACCGUGAGCGCAUGAAUUUCUUAAAUGAGGCUAGCGUGAUGAAACAGUUUGACACCUAUCAUGUGGUCCGAUUACUAGGAGUUUGUUCCCGUGGCCAACCUGCGUUGGUAAUUAUGGAAUUAAUGAAGAACGGCGACCUUAAAUCGUAUCUUCGCGCUCAUCGUCCGGACGAGCGGGAUGAGUUUGGCAUGACAUUGGCCGAAAGAGGUCUAUCCUCGCAACCCCCUCCAUUAAGUCGCAUUUAUCAGAUGGCUAUAGAAAUAGCUGACGGUAUGGCCUAUUUGUCAGCAAAGAAAUUCGUUCAUAGGGAUUUAGCGGCGCGCAACUGUAUGGUAGCUGCUGAUUUAACCGUGAAAAUAGGCGAUUUUGGUAUGACGCGUGAUAUUUAUGAAACUGACUAUUAUCGCAAGGGUACAAAAGGCUUGUUGCCAGUACGGUGGAUGCCUCCAGAGAGUUUAAGAGAUGGUGUAUAUUCCAGUGCCAGUGACGUGUUCAGUUAUGGUGUAGUUUUAUGGGAGAUGUCCACUUUAGCUUCGCAACCAUAUCAAGGUCUGUCUAACGAUCAAGUACUGCGCUAUGUCAUUGAAGGCGGUGUUAUGGAGAGACCUGAAAAUUGUCCAGACAAAUUGUAUAGUUUAAUGCAAAAGUGUUGGCAUCAUCGACCAACCGCUCGUCCUACCUUUAUGGAGAUUAUUCGCUAUUUAGCAGAUUUGGCUGAUCCACAUUUUCGUGAAGUUUCAUUUUAUCAUUCAGAAGAAGGACAACAAGUUCUUGCUAAAGAAGUUGCUGAAAGAAAUCAAAGAUCUGGCGAUGUGUUUGAGGAACCUGAGAACGAUAUGGAAGAUGUAACUACACCACUGCGUAUGGAAGAGUACGGUGGUUUUCAAUUGGCUGAAGAAAAUGACUCCUCUGGCGAGAAUCAAGUUGAAAGUCCCAUAACAAUGAAUAUCGAACCUCCUCAUUCGCCAUGCAGUCUUGGCUCGGCCAUAGUUGUAAGCAGCACACCAGAUGUCCAAUCGAAAAAUAGUCUGAUUUUAUCACAAAAUUUGCAUCAUAACCAAGGCUUGAGUUCCUUGCCUUCAACAUCAAGCGGUCUUGCACGAGUAAACAGUCAGUUGCAAUCACAUAUCCAACCCCAUCAGCGGCAACUCUAUCCACCCUCCCAGCGGCGAUUUCUUCACGGCAUUGUACGAGGCACGGUAGAUGAUGUUGAUGCGUAUGUGCAGCCAGAUUACGAAGAAACCGAAGAAAGAGGAAGGAUCGGAACGGACGAACGUGGUUACGAACUAUAUGAUCCAAGUCCAAAUUAUAGACAACAAGUUUCCUGCCAUGCAGGCGAUGAUGAAGAGGAUAACUUUGCCAUACCGUCCGCAGGGCAAAACUUAUUGUUAGGCUCUAGAGAACGUCAGAUACUGCCGAGGAUUAUGCCUUUGUCGAGCUCAGUGCCUGAUGACGUUAUUGGUCAACCAACUGCAUCUUCAUUACACCCUUCCACAGCUUCUGCUGCGUCAUCGAAUACAUCUUCGAAAGCAACAACGACUGGCAAAUAUUCUAACCUAAAAGCUGUUGCCGAUUCUUUAGGCAAUAGCUUGAUGCCUACCCUUUUGCGUAAAAAUAUACGCUUUUUCAAUCACAAACGUUCCGGUAGCAAUGUAAGCCACAAUAGCUCCAGUUCUAAUCCAUGCGCACCAAUUAGCGGAGCCGGUGAUGGGAGUAGCAGUAACUUGACUCGUGGCGGCCGUGGCAAAAGUAUGAGCGGUCAAAACUUGGGAACCAUAGAAAGUGGAGGUAGUGGGAGCGCGGGCAGUUUUUGCUCCAAUCCACGAUUUUUCACACCAGCAGCGAGUAUAAGUGAAAAUCCUAAUUACCGAAGGCUGAAUGAAUCGUCAUCCGUUGAAGGUGGUGGCGACGCAAGUAAACUGAAACCAAAACUUCCCUCAACUUCUACAUUUACUAUCAGUUCCAAUCCCAACUAUCAAAUACUGGACGAAUCUCUCAAUAGUUCGGGAACGUCUUCGGCAAAUCCUAAUUAUCAAUUGCAAACGUGUCCAAUAACAACUACAUCCCAAAGUAGUGAAAAUGCCAACUAUGUAAUCAUGAGUGAACCGCAGCAGAAUGAAGAUAUCGGAAAUACCGUGAAUGUAAGUGAGAAUCCUAAUUAUCAGAUGAUGGGUCCCUCUCUCUUACUCGCUACAACUGCCACCGAAAUGCAAGCCACUCAGCUUGAGCGCGACCGUUUGGAUAAGUUUUCAUGUUCACCAUCGUCAUCUUCCUCUCCGCAUGAAUCCGAAGAAGAUUUUGAAACUACCGACGGGAUGAAAAUGGAUCGGAUACCGUUAAGUCGGCGAAGCAGCAAUAGUCAAUCCCAACAUAAACGCAACAGCGAUCGAAGUCGAAGCAGCAGCGGUCAUAGCCAUGCUACAACACCGACUAAUACACCCUCAACAAGUACUGGAGGGCAUGGAACACAGCUAAGGCUAUUACCAACGUCUACGUUUUCGCUCAAGGAAAAAUGGCUGAAACAGCAGCAACAACAACAAUCCUCACCACCACCUCCACCAAACGGUUUUGUAGGACGAGAAGCGUAGAAUCUUGCUGCAGCUAUAUCCUGUAAAUAGCUUAUGUUUGCUUAUCCACAAAAAAUAUUAAUCAGGCGCACAAAAAAAAAUGUGUACGAAUUUUAAAAACUCCCUAAGCCAACAAGCUUCGUUUAUAAAGUGAGAGCUGAACAAACGAACUGUAUAUAGGAAAUAUAUAUAUAUAUAUAUAUAUUUUCUGUAAAAAAUAAUGAGGAUUUUCCCACACUUUCUUUUAUGCGAAAAGAACAAAACAAAACAAAGAAAAUCACAUUAUAAUUUAAUACAUAAGACAUCACGUCAUCGUUAUUUUGUGAAACCUU